UGAUGCUUAGCAUUUUCUUAUCUCAGAAUGCUAUCGUAAACUGGGCUUUAGUACAAUCAGCCGCUACGAAAGCUUGCAGUGAUCAAUAUAGUGCAAUUUUGGACAUUCUGCAGUGAAGCCAUGGAAGAAAUCUUGGAACAGGCGCAGCGUAAUUCGGUUUACGCAUACAAUGCUGGGUUGCUCGCCAUUAAAAUGUUCAUCGUUGCCUUUUCCACUGGAUUUGUCCGCGAGAAAGAGAAGGUUGUCAUCAAUCCCGAGGAUGCCAAAAUUUUGAAGGUUACGGAUCUAAGCAACGAAGAGCACCCAGCCGUUGCUAGAGUGAAAAGGGCUCACCUAAAUGAUUUGGAAAAUAUUCCAAUCUUCCUAAUUAUUUCCUUAAUGUGGGUCAACACAGCGCCGGACAUAGUUGAGUGCCAUGUCUUGAUGUGGCUAUACACCUUCGUCAGAUACGUUCACACCGCCGUGUACGCGUACUAUCCUGUGCCCCAGCCUGCUAGGGGAAUCUGCUUCAUUACCGGAGUUUUGAUUACGCUUUACAUGAUCAUCAGAAACUUCAUUUACUAUGCUGAUUUCUUUUAAAUGUAAUUGAUAAAAAUAAAUUUUUGUAAUUGACGUUCUUACACUGGAAUGAUAUGUCA